UAACGCCUCUCGUCCUCCCCGCCGCCAUCACCGCCCGCGCCAGCGCCGCUUCCGCCCCGCGAGGCCCCCCUCCCCCCCCCGCGCGGGCUGCCCCGCGCGCAGCCUGAGCCCGCGCCCUUCCCCGCGGCGCUUCCCGCUCCGCGGCGGCUCCCGCGGGAUUCUCCUCCUCACCCGAGGGGAGCGAGCGCCGCCGGGGACGCCGCACGCGGAGCCAGCGCGGAGCGGCGCAGGCAGCGCGGCGGGCGGGCGGAAGAGCCAGCAGGAACCCCGGGGCGGCGCUGAGCGGCGGCGGAUGGAGCUGGUGGCGGGGUGCUACGAGCAGGUGCUGCUGGGGUUCGCCACGCGGCCCGGGCAGUCCUGGACAAUCGUCCCUGAUUUUACACAUCAUGCCCACUCUGCCUCGUUGUCAGCAGUAGCAGUGAAUAACAGAUAUGUGGUCACUGGGAGCAGAGAUGAGACAAUCCAAAUCUAUGACAUGAAAAAGAAGAUAGAGCAUGGGGCGCUGAUACAGCACAAUGGGACAAUAACUUGUUUGGAGUUCUAUGGUACUGCACAUCUAUUGAGUGGGGCUGAAGAUGGACUCAUUUGUAUCUGGAACACAAAGAGAUGGGAAUGUCUGAAAUCCAUUAAGGCACAUAAGGGACAGGUGACAUCUCUUUCUAUUCAUCCUUCUGGGAAAUUAGCUUUGUCAGUUGGAACAGAUAAAACAUUAAGAACUUGGAACCUUGUUGAAGGACGAUUAGCCUUCAUCAAAAACCUGAAGCAAAAUGCACACAUAAUUAAGUGGUCCCCUGAUGGAGAGAGGUAUGUGACCGUGGUAACAAACAAAGUGGAUAUCUACAGACUUGACACAGCUUCAGUCACUGGCACCAUUACAACAGAGAAGAGAAUUUCUUCACUUAGAUUUAUUACAGAUUCUAUCCUUGCCAUAGCUGGAGAUGAUGAAAUUAUAAGGUUCUACAGCUGCGACUCUCAAAAAUGCCUGUGUGAAUUUAAAGCUCAUGAAAACAGAAUAAAAGAUAUUUAUACUUUUGAAAGAGAAGGACAGCAUCUUAUUGUUACUGCAUCCAGUGAUGGUUACAUUAAAAUGUGGAAUCUGGAUUUUGAUAAGAUUAAAAAUGUGCCAUCUUUACUGUGUGAAGUCAAUACCAAAGCUAGGCUGACAUGUCUUGCAGUAUGGCUUGACCGAGCUUCGGAAAUGAAAGAAAACUCUGAUAAAGCUGCAACAUCAUCUCAAGCAAAAGAAGAUGAAAAAUCAUCAAUAGUCGGGAAAAACAAAGUUUGUUGGACUGAUACAAGUGAUAAAACAGCAAAAAAAAAGAGAAAAAUUAUUCCAGAGAAAAAAAAAUUGGAAGCUCCAUUGCAAAAGAAGAAAAGGAAACAGAAUAGCUCGGCAUGAAGGCAGCUUCUUUCUCUCCUGUAUAAAAGUAAAUGCUGGUGUUGCUCUAGUUUUUAUAAGAAUGUAAACCUCUAACAGGACAUAUACAUUUGAACUGAGUUGUUUAAAAGUAAUUAAUGUUCUUACCCUAAGAAAUUGACUGAUCAUUCUGAGAAGUAUCAAAAGAAUUAAGUGAAGGAGGCAAAAAUAAAUUUAUAAUAUGUAAUGUUUAUAUUUUUCUCUUAAAAAUAACAUAUACUUUUUAACUGGCUCUGAAAAAGGCAGCUAAAAUAAUAAAAAUAGCUGCAUCUGUCUCAGAUACAUUUUUGUCUUCACUUCCAUGCAUAUUAAAAAUGUACACUUUUCA